AUGCGCCUUGACCCCGAAGAUGCCUGGGGCUAUGUGACCACCGGAGGCACCGAGGGGAAUAUGUAUGGCCUUUACAUGGCGCGGGAACUGCACCCCAACGGUGUGGUCUAUUUUUCCCAGGACACCCACUACAGCAUCCUCAAGAUCAUGCAAGUGCUUAACAUGCGCAACAUCAUGAUCAAGAGCCUGGGAAAUGGGGAGAUAGACUACGAGGACCUGCACGAGACCAUCCGCAUCAACCGUGACGUGCCUGUAAUAAUAAUGGCCAACAUUGGCACCACCAUGAAAGGAGCGGUGGAUGACUUGGUGAAGGUGCGGGAAAUCCUGCAGGACCUGGUAAUCACCCGGUCGUACAUACACUCCGAUGCCGCCCUCAGUGGCAUGAUUCUGCCCUUUGUGUCAGACCCGCAGCCCUUCGGCUUCGACGCCGGCGCGGACAGCCUGGCGGUCAGUGGGCACAAGCUGAUUGGCUCACCCAUUCCGUGCGGAGUGGUGUUGACCAGGAAGGAAUACGUAGCCAGGAUCGCGCGUUCAGUUGAGGUUGUGGGAGUUAUGGAUACCACUAUUCCGGGAUCCCGAAACGCCUGGACUCCCCUGCUGCUAUGGUAUGCUCUGGAACGUUACGGUGAAGAGGGUUUCAGGGAAUUGGUAUCCGGGAUGUUAGCAGUCGCCGAGUACGCCGAGGAACGAUUCAACGAUAGCGGGUUGCCGGCCUGGCGUAACCCGAACUCGGUAACCGUGAUUUUCCCCAGGCCACCCCAGGAUGUUAUGACAAAGUGGCAGCUUGCGCCUCACCGCGAUAUCGCCCACCUUAUUACCAUGCCACAUGUAACCCGAGACAUGGUGGAUGAGUUGGUUGACGACUGCCUGGCAGCGGUUCAGGUUUAG